UCAGAUCCAAUUUUUAUGAUUUUAUAUCGAGAGCUACAUUAUCGUCAUAUUUACGCUCGAGUUCCAAGUGGACCCAGUAUAGACCAGAGAUUUGAGUCUUAUUAUAAUUAUUGUAAUCUCUUUAAUUAUAUCCUCAGUUCUGAAGGUCCUGUACCACUAGAACUUCCUAAUCAAUGGCUGUGGGAUAUCAUAGAUGAGUUUAUUUAUCAGUUUCAGUCGUUCAGUAUUUAUCGAUGUAAAGUUGGAAAGAAAAGUGACAGUGAGUUGGAUAUAUUGAGAGCCAAUCCAAAGAUCUGGAAUGUCCACAGUGUAUUAAACGUUCUUCAUUCUCUAGUGGAGAAAUCUAAUAUCAAUCGUCAACUAGAGGUUUAUACCAGUGGAGGUGACCCAGAUAGUGUAGCUGGUGAGUUCGGACAACAUUCACUGUAUAAAAUGUUAGGUUAUUUUAGUUUGAUUGGAUUAUUACGUCUUCAUUCCUUAUUAGGAGAUUAUUACCAGGGACUGAAAGUUCUCGAGAAUAUUGAUUUUAAUAAACAGAGUUUAUAUUCCCGAGUACCAGCAUGUCAGAUAACCACGUUUUACUAUGUAGGGUUCGCCUAUAUGAUGAUGAGACGUUAUCAAGACGCCAUUCGUACCUUCUCUAAUAUCUUACUCUAUAUACAGAGAACUAAAAACAUGUUUUUAUCAAAUAAACCUCAAAUAUACGACCAGAUAUCUAAAACAAAUGAUAAGAUGUACACUCUGCUAUCAAUUUGUUUAACUCUACAUCCAAUGAGAAUAGAUGAAAGUGUCCAUUCUCAACUCCGAGAGAAAUGUGCUGAUAAAAUGUUACGCAUGCAGAAAGGUGAUGUAAAUGAAUUUGAACAGAGUUUUGCGUUUGCUUGUCCUAAAUUCUUAUCACCAGUUCCACCAAAUUAUGAGUCUCUUGGUGCCAAUUUUCAUAAGGAACCAUUUGGUUUACAACUGAGAGUAUUUUUAGACGAGGUGGCUCAGCAGAUUCUGGUACCAACUAUUAGAAGUUAUCUUAAAUUGUACACAACUCUACCUAUUUACAAAUUAGCUGCUUUUAUGGAUGUUGAUGAAGAUACAUUGAAAACUCAACUCAUGUGUUUUAAGCAUAAAAUGAAGAAUGUUGUAUGGACUAAGGGUACCAGUGGAUUGGACGGAGAAUUUCAGUCGGCUUCCGAAGUUGAUUUCUAUAUUGAUAAAGACAUGAUCCAUGUAGCUGAUACGAAGGUUGCUAGGCGAUAUGGAGAUUUCUUUAUUAGACAGAUUCAUAAAUUUGAUGAGGUGAGAUUAUUUUCAUGA